AUGGACAAUGCCCCAUAUGUCAACAAUACGUACUCAGCAAAAGUGGAUUUGAGACUAAAGAUUGAACAGGAAACUCAGAGGACAUCACAGCAAGUUGAGAGAUUAAAUUUGGAGGAAAACCGCUCCCAUAGCACAUCAAAGAAGUUGGCAGUUGAGCAACAGCAAGUUGAAACUCCAAAGUUAGAGAAGUUACUCCAAGCUGUCGCACAACUGUUAGGAAGCAAGUGGAAGCAAGUUGGUAGGCAUUUAGGAAUCAAAAAUGUCCAACUGGAAACAAUCAGGUUAGACAAUCCUCUUAACACUAACGAACAUAGCUUCCAGAUGCUGUACAAAUGGUACACAAGUUGUGAUCAAGAGAAACGAACACUGAAAACACUGAGAGAAGCCCUCGAAGCAGCUGAGUGCUUUGAGGCACUUCAAUGUCUACCAUCAGAAGAAAAGUGAACUUGUGUGUAAAUGUUGUAAUUGUUUAUACUCAAAAGUUAACCUUGAUUAAACAGAGACUCAUGAUCAAAUGCCUUCCAGCCAGGACCCUCCUGUCUUUAUGUGGGGAACCCAGAAUCACAUUGUCCAAUGUGUUCUUCUUUAAGGUGAUAAUUGAACUGAGGACGAUUUGGCUACUAAUUCUAGCAAAUCUAUCAACCACAUAAGAGAUUCCCUUCCUGAAUUGGUUCCUUACUUCUUAGAAAUUAACUUUUGAAAUAAAGAUAAUCUUUGAAAUGUU